UGUGCCUGUAAUGUUAAGUGUCUGUAUGUACGCCUUUGACUAGUGUGUGAUUUUUUAAUCGUUCUUCUUGAAUUUCUCGCUGACUUAAUGGCAGAGAUGCCAGCCAACACACAUGGAGUCGGAGUGUUCCUCGAACUAAGAAAGAGGCUUCAGAGUGGACUCCUCAUUGUCGGGAAAGACAUCGCUGGAAGUCCUGCUGACGUUGGCGUGACCAGUGGAGAUUCCUCUCUCUGCAUCCGGACUCCCGGGGGCGAGCUGAGCCCUAUUUUACCACCAGGAGUUAGCUUCGAGGAGGGAUCUUGCAUUCUGACCCCCGCAGGAGAAUCCUGUGGAGAGGAGCUGCAUUUCAGACUGCGUAUUAAUGUCGUGCAGAGCAGAAAUGGUAAUGCCUGUGACGGCGUGAUGGAGACACUCCGGGCAAAAGAGACUUAUUGCUUCUACUGCCAAGGCUGCAUGACAAGGCUGCUCGAGGACAGAUUGUUUAAGCGGGUUCUUCCUCUCCCUAAUGGCAACUGGAAUGCCAUUGUUGAUGACUGGUGUUGCCACCCAGAUCCGUUCGCCAACAACAACAAGCUGUUGCCCCGAGCAGAAGAUUGUUUGCUGGGUGACACUUUUGUCCUUUUAGCCAGAGAUGACAGUUGUGAAGAGACUCUCACUCAGGAGGUGAGCCCUGUUGGUUCAGAAGACAAUCAAGAUCCAAAGAAAGCGUGCCGCAGACUGACACUCAUCUCCUGCAAGAGCUGUUCCUCAGUGCUGGGAGAGGCUAUCGCACCAGAUACUCUGAAACUGUACAUCACACAGGUGGUGGUGGAGCCCAGUGUGGGAGACAGAAAACCAGAAGCAUCAUUGAACAGAUCUCUCUUCCUGGAGAGGACUGUAGCAGCCAGACUGUUGGAGCUGUCCAACUCUUUGUGCACCUUCCACUUCUGCGUCCAGCCUCCUGAUGGAAAAGCCUUCUUAUUGUUCUGGCUGUUGAACAGUGACUCCAUCAUAGCGUCAGCUUCAGAGAUGUGUGCAGGGGGUGAGAGGUCUAUCAACUCCCCCGCUCUUCACAGUCCAUCACCCAGAGCUGCCAGAGCCCUGAAACUCCUCUACAUCGCCUGCUCUGACACAGGCAUCCAGCAGAGAGACCUGGUAACUAGCUGGGAGGUCAAUGCCAUAGGACAUCCUGUGGUACUGCUGCCCGAGGUCUGUGAUGAACUGCUGCAAGUGAUAGAUGACAGCAACUCUGCACUUCCUGCGUCAAUGCGUUGCAUGAGGUCCUACAAGGUGGCGUACCUAAGACUGUGAGGUCAAAAGUCCAGAGCCAGGAGGUCAAGGCUUCACUCACCACUCAUGAUAGAGAAUCGGAAAAGACCUGGGAGAACUGAGAAAAGAACUAAUGUGAACAUGUACAUGGAUGUUUUUUAUGUGAAGGAGGCGUCAUUCACAGAGUGAGAAUUUUA